AUGGCAAUCGACCACGCCAUGGGCGCUGAAGCUGGAUCCAGCGAGGCCACGGUCAGUCACCGAUGCGGCCAUUGCGGUGAGGACUUCGCUUCUCGAAAUGCACUCUUCAAGCACUUGGCGGCCAAGUGUGAUCCGCUGGCGGCCAAAGUGAAGGAAGGGAAGGAGCGAAUCCUUUUCACCUUGGGCUAUCUAGGCUCCAGGUACCGUUGCAGUGCGCUGCAGAACGAGCGCGAUGAAGAGGCCAUGAACAGUGUGGAGGGUGCGCUACUCUCCGCCUUGCCCGCGGCGGGUGGCCCGAGCCGCCCGAAUGUCCUGGGGGUAGCCCGCGCGGUGCGUACCGAUCGAGGGUGCCAUGCGGCGGAGAGCGCCAUCCUGCUCACCCUUCGGCCCUGUGUGCUGAACUCCGAGGAGCUCCGCCGAGCGCUGAGAAGCUCGGAGGUUCGUUUGCUGGGCCCUCCGCGCUCGCUGACGCUCAUGGAGAAGCCGGAGGCGAAUAUUUUCGGCAAAAUCUAUGCGCCCAGGCGUAAGAGCUUCACGGUUCACAUCCCCUACUUCGCCUUGAUCACCUCCUCCGAGCACGAACGUUGGUCCACUUCCGACCCUGCCACUGGAGGCGUAUGGUUUGGCCCCGUCCCAGAGGACUGUACCUCCGAGCGUGUCCAUGCGAUGCUGGCAGAGCAGCAGCUGGUGCCUCAUGAGGUGAUCCUGGAGCCCGGCCGGGGCCACGUCCAGGUGAAGAUGGCCGAGGGCGAGGCUCAAAAGGCCCUCGCUCGCCUUCAAGGCCUCCGUUGGCAGAACCAGCUCCUCUCCGCCGCGCCGUUGAACGAGGCCUUGGCCAAGUUUGAAGUCCACCGUCGGGUGCGUCGGGCGCUGAAGGAGCUCAAGGGUGGUCCCAAUGCACGCAAAGGGCUCCGAUCCUACCACAACUUCAUGUCUCCAGCGCCAGCACCGGGGGAUGCCUCGGCGAUGCGAGCGUUGCUGCAUUGCUCGGCCAUGGGUUUGCAGAUGCAGCAGCGGAGAGGCAUUUGGACUUCAGAGGACUGGACCGCCGUGCACUUCUGUGCCACGGACUUCGGCCCACAGCAGGUCCGGCGCAUGGCUGGCGCCUUGGUGGCCACCAGCCGUGGGUCCGAAGCGAUGAGCUAUAUCGCCCGCUGCUUUGAGCCCAGCCCGAUGAACGUGCCAGCAGUGCCAGCCGAGACCAUCUCCUUGGACUCCUUCGAGCUUGGCCCCGUGGAGACGGACUGGCGCCCCGCGGCGCAGGUGGAUAUGAAGGAAGCAGCAGCGAUGAAGCAAGACAUCGAGCAGCGAGUCAGGACUGAAGCUCUUGAGCCCUGGAAGGACUUCCUCCGGUCCUUGGACCUGGGCGCCACGCGCCGCAGCGCCCAGCAGCGCUUGAGCUCCGCCGCUGAGCGGGGCGACGUCCUCGGCGCGCGUGCCGCCGUGGCGGACGGUAUGGCCAAAGUGCGACCUUCUUAG